CCCGUUUGUUUAGGCGUUUACAUUGCAGAGAAUGACAGUUUCGCGAAUCGCGAUUCCAGGAUUGCGUUUGGCUAGGCGAUAUCUGCGGGAUUGCGUUUUCAAUUCCGCAGAUUUUCGCGAUUCCGAAAAUGAAAUUUUCUACUGCUUUUUCAGCAUCGCGCGAUUGGGACGAUUGGGUUGCCGCUAAUUGUUUCGCGCGGUUCAGGAAAGUUUUUACCGAAAUCCCAGCUUAUCCCUUCUCCAUAUAUAUAUAUCUCAUCAGUCUUGGUUCUCUCCACACCAAUUUCACGUUAUUCACUUCUUUCUCCUCUGUUAUUGCUCAGUUGCUCUCUUCGAUUGGCGUCGUUGUUCUGCAUCACGAUUUCCAAUUGCUCUCUCCGAUUGCCAUCGUUGUUCUGCAUCACAAUUUCCAGAUGGUUAAGAACAAGGAGAAUUCAAAUCCCAACACCAAACAAUCCCAAAAUAGCUCAAAUGUUAGAGUUCAAUGGCCAUCAAGAGUAACGACUAUCUUUUGUGAAGCUUGUGUGGAUGAGGUAUUUAAGGGUAAUCGACCUAAUACGCACUUUAGUAAUCGACCUAACACCAUUAUUGUUGUUAUUAUUAAUGUAAUUGUUAAGCCUAAUUACAUAUUUUCAAUAAUAAAAAAACACUGA